AUGUCACAUGAUGGGGCCUGCGCUACCACGACGGGUGCGGCGCCGCAACUAUUCGCGUCGGCUCUUAACUUUUUCGCAGCAACGCAAUGUUUUGUUCCCGAUAAGAAUCACUCCUUCAACAAAGUACCUGAUCUGGAGACGUUUGACUUUAUUAUAGUUGGUGCGGGAUCUGCAGGCAGUGUAGUAGCUAACCGACUCAGCGAAGUAUCACAUUGGAACGUUUUGCUACUCGAAGCGGGACCAAAGCCACCUUUUGAAACUGAAAUACCUUGGUUAUAUAGAACAUUAGCUAGAACUAGAUAUGAUUGGCACUAUGUUACAAAAAACGACGGGGUCAAACAAAAAGCAUUAAAAAAUCCACUAGCAUGGAUCCGUGGAAAAGUCCUUGGUGGCAGCAGUUCUACCAAUGCUAUGAUUUACGUUAGAGGAAAUGAUCACGACUUUCAGACAUGGGUGAAUGAAGGUAAUCCGAGCUGGACACCGGAAAAUGUAAAUUAUUAUUUUAAAAAAGCAGAAAACAUUCAGGAUUUGAAACUACUCAGAGACCCUGGUAUUUUUAACACGUAUGGACGGAAAGGGCCAUUAGUAGUAAAUACUUUUAACAGCACAGUUAGAAAGCUAACUAAAAAAAUUUUAAAGUCGUACAGUUACAUCGGUAUCGAAGAAGUACUCGAUGUUAACGCCGCAGAGUUCCACGGAAAAGGUUUCUGUGCCAUAUCAAGAUCAACAGCACGUAGAGGAGUUAGAGAAAGCACUUACACAGCUUAUUUAAAAAAGGCUAAAAACAGGAGGAAUUUAAAAAUUAUAACGAAUGCUUUUGUGACUAAAAUAUUAUUAAAUGUUGAUGCAAAAGCCUAUGGUGUUGAAGUUGAUAUUAAUGGAAAACGAAAUAGGUUUUUGGUUAAACGAGAAGUUAUUGUUAGCGGUGGAGUAGUCAAUACACCACAAUUAUUAAUGCUGUCUGGAAUCGGUCCUAGAGAACACCUUCUAUCUAAAAAUAUUUCUUGUAUAGUUGAUUUGCCGGGUGUUGGGAAUAAUUUGCACGACCACCUGUAUGUUCCUGUACCUAUUUAUGGAGAUGAACCAGAAGAAGAAGAAAAUAAAGCUGAACUAAUGUUCGAUGUUGUGAAAUAUCUAUAUAACAAAACAGGAUAUUUAGCACAUACGUUUUUAACUGAUGCGAUUGCUUUUUUUUCUCGAAGUAAAGAUAUGGCUUAUCCUGAGUUUCAAAGCUAUACUGGAAUAUACCGGAAAAAUUCUACUGUUCGCCAAUUUAUUGACAUUUACAAAGACGAUGUUCUAGAAUCUAUAGUACGAUAUAAUGCAGACAAGUCCUUAUACGUUAAGAUACUUAAUGUUUUGCAUCCAUAUUCACGAGGUAGAAUUUAUUUAAAUACAUCAAAUCCAUAUGAUUAUCCUAUCAUUCAUGCCAAUUAUCUAGGUGACGAUAGGGAUAUACAAGACACGGUUGAUGGUAUAAAGAUACUUACAAAACUAGUAAACACUCCAUAUUUCAAAUCUAUUAAGGCGUUCAUUCCAAGAAUACAUAUAUCAGAAUGUAAUGAAUACAAAUAUCCAAGUGACCUCUACUGGAGGUGUUAUGUAACACAUAUGAUCGCAUCAAUGUCUCAUCAAGUAGGUACAUCGAAAAUGGGCCCAAAUCCAGAAGACGCAGUUGUAAAUAACUUUUUAAAAGUCCAUGGUGUAACUGGUUUACGUGUAAUAGAUGCUAGUAUAAUGCCGUUUGUUACUAGUGGCAAUACCAAUGCACCUGCGAUUAUGAUUGGAGAAAUGGGUUCCGAUAUGAUUAAGAACGAGUACUUGCCCAAAUAAUUUAAAACUGUCAUUGAUUGUUACAACCGCUGUUCAUCGUUCUAUGCUUCU